AUGCGAUUGAUUAUCAUAUUAGCUUCUUUUCUUGCAGUUGGGAACCCUGUCCGUGGCUCAAUUGGGGACCGGCUGGACGAGUUUCAGGAAUGCAAAGAUGACUGCCAGGGAAGUCUGGGUUGCAACGGCUUGGUAGACGAAACGGUCGCCAAAUUGGGAUCAAAGGAGGAUAUCUAUUUUUCAAGAGCUCCAUCAUUGCUAAGCAACUUCGCCUUUUGGGAUUGCGAAUCCAACUGCGACUAUCAAUGUCAACAGAUAAUCACCCAAAUGCGCAUUUUCGAAGGCGAUGACAUCGUGCAAUUCCAUGGGAAAUGGCCCUUCAAGCGCUUUCUUGGAGUACAAGAGUUUUUCUCUACGAUAUUCAGCAUGGCCAACUUCAUUCCUCAUUAUCGCGGAUACCAGUUGGUUUACCAGGAGUUGAAGAGUCUGCCACCGCACAAAAAAGCACAUUCUUUGUUACACAAUUACAUCUACGUUGCAAUCAUGGGCAUGCUGGCAUGGGUUUCGAGCACCGUAUUCCAUUUCCGCGACUUGGAAUUUACCGAAAAAUUAGACUAUUUCUUUGCUGGAGCUACCGUUUUGAGCGGAUUUCACGCAAUUCUGAUACGGCUAGCCCGCUUUGACAAUCAUAAGGGCCUUCGAAAACUUGUCUCUGGCAUCGUGGCACUCAUCUUUACUGCUCACGUCGUGCGGCAAUACCUUGACUGGUCAUAUACCUAUAACAUGCGCUUCAAUGUCGCCUUUGGGGUCCUGCAAUACAUUUUACUACUGACCCUAUCAGUUCAAAACUACAACAAUUUGAAAAGUGGUAAACUGCCGCGCAAGGCUCAGUAUCUCUCUCGGAACACCAUGAUCUAUCAUUUGUGUGUCGUUCCUGCAGCUCUGGUGAUUGGAACAUCAUUGUCCAUGUCCUGUGAACUGUUCGAUUUUUUCAGCUACCGCUGGCAAAUUGACUCUCAUGCGAUUUGGCACGCGUGCACGGUGUUGCCAUCUUGGAAACUUUACGAUUUCUUCAUUCAAGACUUCCGUUACAUGAAUGCCUGUGAUGGGAUUACGGUCGAUUAG